UAUUACUUGUUUGAAGAGAAAAAGAAAAAGAGGGAAAAGAGCAAUGAUCUUCCUUUAGGAAAUGGUACAGUAGUGUUAUUGCAGAAAACUAUUUGGGGUCAAAAUUAUGGAAUGGAAGGGUAAUAAUUGAGCGGCGAAGUGCAAAGUCAUUGGUUCAACCUUUUAUGGUAUGAAGUUGUUGAGUACAGAGUCCAAAGGCUCAUUCUACUAGGAAAGCUUGAAACUUGUAGAGACUGAGAGAGAGAACAGAAAAAAGCCAUUGCACUUGAACCAAAGGAGUCAAGCUAAAACCACCACUCUGCAAAACCACUUAUGCCAUUACAGCGCCAGAACACGAAUCUCUUAUAAAUUUAUAUAGUACGCCUACCUGAUUUUUUAAUCAACGUACAGUCGCAGCAGCAGCUAGCUAGCCCACCAACUGGCAAAUUUAGCCACUGAUAUCUGGAGGACCCCUAGAACUAGAAACAGAAGCUACUCUUGCCUUGCCGUACUUAGCUGACUCUCUCUCUGUUCAGGGUUUUACGAGAUUCUGAAAAGAGAAAGAGAAAGACAUGGAAAGAUAGUUUCUUAUUUUUCUUUCUUUGAUUAAAAAGCUGUGCGCUAUUAGACUCAGUAGUACUCACGUAUUCUCGAAGUAGUCAGUAUUUGAGGAUCAAACAUGGCAAAUCGCUGGUGGGCUGGAAAUGUUGCCAUGAGAGGUGUUGAUCCAAUAUCUUCAGCUUCAUCACUUCAUCUGAGGAACCCAGAAGAAGUGGAAGCUAUUGGAUUGAAUCGGUUGGGUCCAAGAAGAGAACAACAAGAUGUCAUCGACACAAACACAAACACCAACAAUAACACCAAUAGCCCUAAAACCACCUCCACCUCCACCACCACCCCCACUAAAAACCAAAGCCAAGAUGAACAAGAAGACAGUAGAGACAACAACCAAGAAUCUGAAGACCAUAAUUUAGCUCUUGAGACUGUCGAACCAGGCAGCGGCAGCUCAUCUCGCAGGCCUCGAGGCAGGCCUCCUGGUUCAAAAAAUAAACUAAAACCACCAAUAGUUGUCACCAAAGAAAGCCCUAAUGCUCUUCGCAGCCAUGUUCUUGAAAUCAGCUCUGGAACUGACAUAGUAGGAAGCAUUUCCAAUUUUGCUCAACGCCGCCACCGUGGUGUUUCAAUCCUAAGUGGAAGUGGGAUAGUUACUAAUGUUACUCUUAGGCAACCAGCAGCACCUGGUGGAGUAAUUACUCUGCAUGGAAGAUUUGAGAUUUUAUCAUUAUUGGGUUCAUUUCUGCCACCCCCAUCACCACCAGGAGCGACAACAUUGACUGUGUAUUUGGCCGGUGGGCAGGGGCAGGUGGUGGGAGGGACAGUGAUGGGGCAACUAGUAGCAGCAGGACCUGUAAUGGUGAUAGCAGCAACAUUUACUAAUGCUACAUUUGAGAGAUUACCACUUGAAGAACAAGAGCAGGAAGGUAUGCAAUUGCAGCAACAGGUGACUUCUGGAACGAAUAAUAGCAAUACUGCUGGUGGUGGCAGCAGCGGCGGCGGUGAUGGUAAUAAUUCAGGAUCUCAAUCUUCUCAGGCUAUGGCUGAGCAUGGUUCAAUGCCUGUCUAUAAUUUGCCACCGAAUUUGCUACCCAAUGGGCAAAUGCCACAUGAGGUGUUUUGGGGUCCUCCUCCACGUCCACCUCCAUCUUUCUGAUAGAGAAAGAAAUGGCUUGGAUUAGCUGACUGAUAUGGCAUAAAAGUUCACUGGACAUUUUCAUGUAAGCAUAGCGAGGAAGGUAGGAUUCUUUUUGUUGGGUUUAGUACUACUUGGGAAAAUUAGCUACCUUUGAUACUUAGUUUUUGCUAUGUGUUAAAAGCCUAUCUGCGUCCUUUACCUCCUUAAUCAACCUGUUUUCUUUUUUUCCUGGAAGAAUAUUGUGUUCUUUUUCUAUAUGCUGUAGGAAAAGAAGCAUAUUCAAGAACUACUCUCAAGUUGGUGCUAAUGGAAAUUUAUGCAGGAGUCACAGAAAGUAACUCUUCUUUUUUUUA